UAUUAGGUUGCUGAAAGUCUACAACUGCAGGAGGACAGAAGAAAUGGCUUGACUCCAGCGUGUUGGUUGGAAUUAGCGUCUACUACAGCUAGUGGAGGUUAAACCUUCUGACGGAAAGGAUCCUGAGCUCUUCAGAGGAGCUGAAGUGACGGUGUAGACGGCAGCGCAGAGCAGCCACAGAGACAUUCGUGGGGGCGUUUCUCAGUCCGGUUGAAUCGGGGUUGAGCUCCGACUGUGGGCAGGAGUCAUCAGUGCGACACAGCCUACACGUGUGAGUGCACACUGUCGAGGAGCAGGAGAACGAUGAGCUGCCCCAGACCCAUCACAGUCUGGAGGGACUGACGCACAGCUACAAAUACGGCAGUCGAUGCAGUCUUCCAGAGGCCCUGCCUCCCCGUGGCUGAGAAACCAGCAGCAGCAUGUCCCGCGUCUCCUCCACAGCCAAGCGAUACGCUGGCCCGUCCUACACCAGCCACUACAGCUCCUACAGCUCCUCCCUGACACCGGGCCUCAGCUCAUACAGCGACCGGGACAGACUCUCCACCUAUAGGUCUCCCACCUCCUCUUCCUCAGGUUACUCCUCUAGCUAUCUGAGCAGCUCUGUUGCCCGCAGCCGCAACUACAGCACCUCCUCAGACCCCGACUGCGACCGUGGUCGAACCAUCCCGCGCACCGACAUCCUCGGAAGCAGCAACAGCAGCAGCCGUCGGAGCGAGAGCCUCAGCAGGACCCCCAUCAAGACCUAUGGAGGGUCAGGUCUGAGUGGUGGAUCGACCUACACUGGUUACAGCUCCUAUUCUUCGUCCUCGGCCCAUAACAGCUACCUCGCCCCUUCACCGGUGGCCUCCAGCAUUUCACUCAGCCGACGAAGAUCUGUAUCUCAGAGUGACUUGAGCAGGGAUCUGGCCUCUUUGGGCUUCAGCGACGCCUCCACUUCCUCCACCCCGUCCUCUUCCGCCAGUGCCCUGCAGAGCUACCGUAGUCGAACCAGCGAUGUGGCUGACUCGUAUGUGACAAGCUCACGCCCAAGCUACUCAGGCUUGUCGCGGAGUUCUACUCAGGAGGCCCUCUCACGAAGCUCCACCCAGGAGGCCUUCAGCAGCAGCAGCAGCAGCAGAGCCUUCAGCUCCUCUACAUGGGGGCCGAGCAGUAAUGGCCUGUCCGACUCACCCAGCAGGGACUCCACGAAUUCAAAGAGUGCCCAGGGACUGGUGGGACUAAAGAACCUAGGAAACACUUGUUUCAUGAACAGUAUCCUGCAGUGUCUCAGCAACACUCACAACCUGCGAGACUACUGCCUGCACAACUCUCACCGCAGAGACCUUAACAACAACAGCCGCACCAACACAGCCCUCAUGGAAGAAUUUGCCAAGCUGAUACAGACCAUGUGGACGUCGUCCAGCAGUGAGGCGGUCAGCCCGUCUGAGUUCAAAACGCAGAUCCAGAGAUACGCUCCCAGAUUUGUGGGAUACAACCAACAGGACGCUCAGGAGUUCCUGCGCUUCCUCCUGGAUGGCCUGCACAACGAAGUCAACAGGGUCACUGUCAGGCCCAGAGGCAGUGUGGAGGACUUUGACCACUUACCGGAUGAAGAGAAAGGGAAGAAGAUGUGGAGUAAAUACCUGGAGAGAGAAGACAGUAAGAUAGUCGAUCUGUUUGUAGGACAGCUGAAGAGCUCUCUGACCUGUAGCCACUGUGGGUUCUGCUCCACUGUCUUCGACCCAUUCUGGGAUCUCUCUCUACCUAUUGCCAAGAAGGGCUAUGGUGAAGUGAGUCUGAUGGACUGCAUGCGCCUCUUCACCAAAGAAGACGUCCUCGAUGGGGACGAGAAACCGACAUGCUACAGGUGUAAAACUCGCAGGAGAUGCACCAAGAAGUUCACAAUACAGAAGUUUCCCAAGAUCUUAGUGCUGCACCUGAAACGCUUCUCUGAGGCACGAAGAACCAGCAAACUCUCCACGUUUGUUAAUUUCCCCAUGAAGGAUCUUGACCUGCGGGAGUUUGCCUCUGAAAACAGCAUAAACGCCGUGUACAACCUGUAUGCAGUGUCUAACCACUCAGGCACCACCAUGGGCGGUCACUACACAGCUUACUGUCGCAACCCCAGCUCGGGAGAAUGGUACACCUUUAAUGACUCCAGAGUAACGCCAAUGUCCUCCAGCCAAGUGCGCAGCAGUGACGCCUACGUCUUGUUCUAUGAGCUGGCUUCCUCCUCGCGGAUGUGAAGAAGAAGUGAAGCCUCCUGGAGGACGGCGAGUCUCAGCACCACUCGGACUGAUGGACAAACGUAUGGAUGGACGGGUGGAAAAACAAAAGUGUUGGUGGAGCCAGGCCGAUUUUGGACUUGUAUUUGGACAUAUCACACACUUAUACAGUAUACACACACACACAUGAAGACACACACUACUUUUUCACUACAGACAGAGCCAGAGGAGUGCAGCUCUCUGUCUCUCUGUCUCUCUCUGUCUCUCUCUGUCUUUACUCUUGUGUUUUGCCGGCUCUGAGUGGAGGUGUGUGUUUAAACUGUGUGUGUGUGUGUGUGUGUGUGUAAGGGUGCGAGGCUGACACGGGGCAAUAAUCCCACUCAAGCACCGAGCAGAUGGUGUCUCUGUCUCCAUCUCAGAAGUCCCUCUCUAUGCAGUGCAAACCAAACUCUCCUGACCGCGCCUUUGCUUCUCCUUCUUUCUUUCCUUUGUCUUUAAGUCUUGAUCUUCUCGUUUGCCUCCAACCAUUAACACUGACUCUUUUUUUCUGCUUUGACUUGAUGACGGUUUUGUGGGGGGACGGGGGGUUAUUAGGCCAGCACACAGAGAAUCACGACAUCAUCACCACUUUGGACUGUGAAUAAACGUGUGCAUAGAGGAGCUCACAGCUGCUUGGUUUUCUCCACUCUCCACUGCACAACAACACUCCCAUGUCUCUGCUUGCAUCUUCUCCACUCUCUUUCUCCGUCAGUGGUCGGGAGGCGAGUGGCACCGUGAGCGUGACAUGCCUCAGAGGACGACCCUUGACCUUGUGCUUUAUUUGAAUGUGUUUCUCCCACGUGUGGCUGCUACUGACGUUUUUUUUUUUUGUUUGUUUUUUUUUAAAAAGUGCUGUGAAUGGAUGAGUGGACAGUCCAGCGCCGCGUCGUGCCGCGCUGCUAACGGCUAAUGAGAUAGACGACAAAUAACGGUUACAACCCUCGCUGUCAGUAUGAGGUCUUUUCUUCCUCUCUUGUUUCAUGCCAUUGAACAACAUGGAAAGAAUGUUUUAAAGAAGAAGAUAAAAAAAAAUAAACACUAUAUCUGUAUAUUUUUAUAUUCUGAUGCAAUAUAGAGAAUGUACUAUUAUUCAAUGGUGCUGAAAAUGACCCGUAACUGUUUUCAGUUGGUUUAUUUACCAGGUUUCAA